ACAUGGUCUAAGGAAAUUCUUCUCCUGUCGAGGAAUUGCAAUAGCUGUUGACUACUUUUGGAAACGUGGCCACAGAAAUAUUACCGUGUUUGUUCCACAGUGGAGAACAAGACGUGAUCCUUACAUUACAGAGCAGGAUUUCUUAACACAGCUCCAGGAUGUUGGAAUAUUGUCUUUAACUCCUGCAAGGAUGGUUUUAGGAGCAAGAAUUGCUGCUCAUGAUGACAGGUUUUUAUUACACCUUGCUGAUAAAACUGGAGGUAUUAUUGUGACUAAUGAUAACUUCAGAGAAUUUGUGACAGAAUCACUUGCCUGGAGAGAAAUUAUUCAAAAAAGGUUGCUCCAGUACACUUUUGCUGGUGACAUAUUUAUGGUUCCUGAUGAUCCUUUGGGAAGAAAUGGACCCAGAUUAGAUGACUUCCUUCGAAGUGAAGGCAGUUCUAGAGGUUUUUGGUCACCACAAAAGGCUUUACAGAGCAGCGGACAAUAUUCUACCGAGACACCUUUCUUCCUGCCAGUCCCAAACCAACCAGUACAGCCUAAAAACAGAGUACAUGGUGAUCGUCCAUCAACAUGGCUUCCACUGGAAACAAACAUAGAGGCUUGUCUAUCAAUUCCACCACAGAGAUCUGCCUCAGAAACAGUACAACUAAGAGAAGCCCUGAUAAAAAUUUUUCCUGAUUACGAGCAAAGACAGAAGAUUGAUCAAAUACUAGCUGAUCAUCCAUUCAUGAGAGAUCUUAAUGCACUGUCUGCCAUGGUGCUUGACUGAAUGUUAUACAGGGUUUUUAUAUCACGACUGAUCUGAUUAACUUUGAGUAUCAAUGUGAAGAAAAAUGUUGCUGUUAUGUUACUUUGUGAAUAUUCAGAACCUAAUUUUAUGUGUAUAAACAAAGAUUUUUUUGUGUAUGUUCUGUUGCUAAUAGAUGCCAGUUUUUGGUAAAUUAAAAACUGCUGCUACUAC